AUGAAGCUGGACGAUGUCUUGUGGGCAUAUUGGACCACCAAUAAAACACCUAUAGAAAUGUCCCCGUAUGCAUUGGUGUUUGGGAAGGCAUGUCAUUUACCGCUAGAAUUGGAGCACAAAGCACUGUGGAUAGGGAAGAAGCUCAAUUUUGAUUUGAAGACUGCAGGAGAGGCGAGAAAACUUCAGUUGCUCGAGCUAGACGAAUGGAGAAUUCAAGCAUAUGAAAAUGCCAAGAUCUACAAGGAACGUGCAAAACAUUGGCAUGACAAACAACUAUGCGAAAAGAAUCUCCAAGUUGGACAGAAGGUCUUGCUAUACAAUUCUCAACUACAAAUUUUUUUUGAAAAAUUAAAGUCACAUUGGUCCGAACCAUUUAUAAUCAAAGAAGUAUUCCUACAUGGUGCAGUUGAAUUAACCAAUGAAGAAGGGACCAACGCAUUCAAGGUCAACGGGCAAAGAGUCAAGAUGUAUUACGAUGGAGACUUGCAUCACGAGAAAACCUCCGUGGACCUGAGGAAUUCCUGGCUGAAGAAGAAAUGA